AUGCGUUUCUCCACUUUCGUCGCUGCCAUUCUGCCAGUCGGUCUUGCUCUGGGUGAAGUCAUCCCCAUCAAAGUCGGUGUGAACAGCACGCUUUCGUACGACCCACCAUCCGUGAACGCAACUGUUGGCGAUACUCUGAUGUUCACAUUUGUCGCUGGGAACCACACCAUCACCCAGUCGACGUUCGCCUCGCCAUGCUCCAACUUCACGUUCGCGAAUGGAUCGACGGGAGUCGACUCUGGCUUCGAGCCUGUUGCCAAGAAUGCGACGUCCUACCCCUCCUACAGCUUCACCAUCCAAAACACGAGCACUCCACUCUGGUUCUACUGUCGUCAGACGGGACACUGCGAGAAGGGCAUGGUCUUCGCCGUGAAUGCACCUGAGACGGGCAACACGUACGCCGCCUUCAAGGCCAAGGCAGAGUCGCUCGCGGCGACGUCGACAAGCAUGUCCAUGUCUGGCAUGUCGAUGACCUCGUCUUCGACUGCCGCGACGACGUCAACAACGAAGACCAGCGGUGCGGGUGCGUUGCGCGUCGGCGGCGCAGGGGCAGUUCUCGGCGGUGUUGGUCUUGUUGCGGGCAUGUUCCUGUGA